UGAAAUCCGGAUGCCGCUUGGUUCUGGAGUUGCGGGGCCUAUGCUCCAAGCUUGUGCAAAAAGACAGCAGAGGUCGGUCUUCAGCAGGUGGAUGGAGCGUAGAGAUGCCAACCAUCUAUACAUGGAUAUUUCUGUCGCCCAAGAGGAAGAGCGGCCCGGCGAGCUCGUUCCCCUAAAGGUUCACCUCUUGGACCGAGACGCACCCAUCAAUAGAUUCCUGAACGGUCCAUCUGUCCUGGAGCUCCAGAAUUCCAAGCUGUUCUCCCAGUCGGAUUCUCUGACGUCAAUCGCCAAUCAUCUGAACCGUAGCCUGUCCCUGGACCUGGGCCCCGUCACGCGCAGAGGUUUCCACCUCGCCUUCUCCUACACAGGAACCUGUGUGUUCAUAGCAUCCAUCAGAGUGUAUUACAAAACAUGCCCCGAGUUUGUGUCCAACCUCACGUCUUUUAUGAAAACGGCGGCAGACUCUGGGACCGUGCAGGGUCGCUGUGUGGCCGGAGCCGUCGAGUCGUCUACUCCGGAGAGAGAGUGCGGCAUAGAUGGAGCCUGGGGGCCGCAGGAAGGCGCCUGCUCCUGUGAUCGUGGGCGUGAGGAGAUGGACGACACGUGUAAAGCGUGCAGGAUUGGCUACUAUAAGCCAACCAGUGGGCGAGGAAAAUGCGAGCUGUGCCCCUUGAACACCAGGACAACCAAGGAGGGAUCAGAGAACUGCGAGUGCCUGCAGGGGUACAGCCGUCUGCCAUCUGACCCCCAUGACCUGGGCUGCAGUAAGCCACCCUCCGCUCCUGUCAACUUAACAGCGAGUCACUUUAAUGACUCGGCGCUGGUCCUGACAUGGGACCCCCCCCAUGACCUGGGAGGCAGGAAGGACAUAACGUACGCUGUAAACUGUGAGAAGAAACCAGAGAUGCAGAGUCGCUGGGAGCCAUGUGGGGGCGGCAUGGUUUUCCAGCCGGACUCCAAUAGGCUGAGCGGUACCUCCGUCAUCCUGCUGGGGCUGAACCCACAGCUUGACUACAGGCUGUUAGUGGAAGCCAGGAACCAGAUAUCCGCCGUCCAGGAAGCGGCCAGUUCAGCCGCUGCCACCGUCACUAUGCACAGAUGGAGGAAUCUUCCUGCGCCAAUCACCACGGUCACCACGGUCCCUGCUUUCAAUCAGACAGCUGGGGAAACCAUUAAACCGGCUCCGCACCAGUCCCCCUUCCAUCGAUCCGUUUGGCUCACGGGCAUCAUUAUUCUCAGCGCUGCGCUGCUCAUAGCUGUCAUCUUUGUUGCAGCCUGUUUGCUUCAAAGAAACUACACUAAACACAGGUCAGAACCGGACCUUGAAAUGCUGCACUUUCCUGCACAUCCUGAGAUUUCCUACCAGCCACACAUCCCAGCGCCUGCACCACAGAACCCUAACUCCACGGGUGAGGUGUUUCAGUUGCUGGAAGAAUUCGGCAGCAGGUUGUUGGACACUCUGAAGGAUGUCUUGGUGGAAAGAAACCAACUGACCCUGGGCAAGGAGCUAGGCAAAGGAGAGUUUGGAUCGGUGUACGAGGGGAUCCUUACAACGCAGACCGGCGUUGACCUCAAAGUGGCGGUGAAAACUGUGAGAGUGGGAAUUCACAGCCGGCAAGACUUGCAGGAAUUCUUACAAGAGGCAGAAAUAAUGAGGAAUUUUGAUCAUGAGAACGUCGUCAAACUGCUCGGUGUCACUUUAAAAAAGGAGGAGGAAUCUCCUCUGCCUUUACCUCUGGUCAUCAUUCCAUACAUGAAACAUGGAGACCUGCGGCGCUUCCUCAUCGCCACACGCUACGGCGACAUUCCGAUGUUUGUUCCCUACCAAACACUUCUGCGCUUUAUGAGUGACAUUGCUGCAGGGAUGGCCUAUUUGAGCUCGAAGGGAUUUCUGCACAGAGACCUGGCUGCCCGCAACUGCAUGCUGGGGGACGAUCUUAGGGUUCGCGUGGCCGACUUUGGACUUUCCAAGCAGACCUACAGCAGCAAUUACUACCGUCAGAAAGCCGCCAUCCGUGUGCCAAUCAAGUGGAUGGCCAUCGAGAGCCUGUCUGAGUCGGUCUACACGACCAAAAGUGAUGUGUGGUCGUUCGGAGUAACCAUGUGGGAGAUUGUGUCCAGAGGAAGGACUCCAUAUCCUGCCGUCCACAACUACGAGCUGCUGGACCUGCUGCUGUCAGGACUCCGACUCAAAGCGCCUGCAGACUGCGAUCCCAAGCUUUAUGGACUCAUGAAGAGCUGCUGGGAUCCAGAGCCGGGUCUGAGGCCGGACUUCAGGGAUCUGCAUGAAGCUCUAGGAGUUCUUCUGUCUGAGCUGCCCGUCCUGGAAGCCUGGCAGGAGGCCAGAUACAUCAACCAGGGACUAGACGCCGCGGCUGGUUCUGCGUACGAGAAUCCUCAGACGGACUCUGGAGGGAGGCCGGAAAACGUCUACCUGUCUUCUCCUGUGGGUGGAGGGACGCCACAGCUGCAAACAGAGCUGGUUUCAAAGACAUAGAAGAUUAAAAUGAAUUGGUUCCAUUAUUCUGCUACUGUGUCCAUGGGCGGUUCUAGACAGGGGCCAACGGGGGCCAGUGUCCCUGUAGAUCAUGUCUUUAUAGGAACCAAUCAUGCCCUGGCCCCUGUUAUGGCCCCUGUACUGAAGACAUGAUACUCAAAGAAAUUCUCAUGAUGAUCUACGCUGGAACAGACAUGGUUACUGAAAGCUCC